AGAAGAAGAUGAAAUCUUGGUGAUGCCAGGUAUUCUGUGCGGCUACGAUUUGUGUACUGGAAGAUUUCAGGCCGCUGGUAUUCGAAUUGUUCAUCGACUAUGGGCCGAUCCAGCAGAUUUGCUCCACACUGCAACAGAACCAACUUAUAGGCCGCCCAACAACCUACUAUUUGAUUAAGGAUAAUUCUAUUCGAAAUCGCCAAAUUGCUUGCAAUGACUGUCAAGCCAAGAUAAGGAAUGGUGUAGCCAAGGGCUAUGGCAAUGUGACAAGACAUUUUAAUGCAAGGCAUCUCGUGAGGGCAGCAAGGACAGGGAUGAAGGUGACACAAACACAAAUAUCAAGAUCCUUUACAAGAAUACAACGAGAAAAUGAUGACUUUGGCGUUCUAAAAUGGUGGAAGUCAAAAGAAAGAAUGUUCCCGAUUUUAGUACGGAUGACUAAGCAAGUACUAUCAAUGUCAAUUUCAACAGUCGCUGUAGAACAAGAAUUUAGUUCAGCCGACAAUGUCCUAAUAGAUUCUAGAACGAGAUUGAGCGCAAACUCUCCUGAGAUGCUUGUAUGCUACCACGAUUGGUUGAAAGCCACACGUAGAACUCAAAAACUUAGCAUCACCCCCUCCCAACACUUUAUGGAUGAAUCAACAACCGAGGAUGACUCUACCUAUGCCGGAGAUUCCG